AACACGCCGUCGCAUCGCAUACCACCUCUCCACUCACCGACCCAUUCGAAAUGGACGGCGAGGGCCUCAAACGCAAACCCACCUUCAGGCAGGAGCCCAGGAAGAAGCCAAAGCCAGAGGAUGGCAGCACCGCGCUCAAGUCGGGCUUCGGCGCGAAGAUGCUGGCCAAGAUGGGCUACAGGGGGACUGGCGGUCUUGGAAGGGAGGGAGAGGGUAUCUUGGAACCCAUCCAAGUAGUCCUGCGAGGCAGCAAGGGGGGUGUUGGUAUUGUGGGCGAGAAGAGCGAGCAGCAGAAGCGCGAAGAGCGCAGGAAGGCAGAGGCAAACGGCGAGAAAUACGUCGACACAUCCGAGGAAGAGCGCAAAGAAAGGAAAAAGAAGGCCAGGGCGCGACAAGCCCAAACAACAGCCCCGCGCGCAAAGAAGACCGUCUUCGAGCUUGAGGAAGCGGGCAUGCACGUGCCUUUGGCCCUGCAGUCCAUCAUCGACGCGACCACGGGCGCAUCCACACCCACAUCAGGCGUCUCCCUCCGCGGGACUGAUGUUGUCCCCUUCGAGAACACCCUCCAAGCACGCGUGCGCCGAGACCUGAACAGCUUUUCUGAAGCGUUCGAGGAGCUGCAGAUCGAGUCAAAGGCCAUCGCGCCGCAAGAAUAUGCCCUGGAGAAAGAAUUGGAAGCGUUGGAGAGACAGAUGAACGAGUUACAAGACAUACAUGCAAGGCUGGGAUCACUACGCACAAGCACAUUCAAGGACGUCUGCGCAGGCCUGAGAGAUCUGCGCGCCGCCUACCCUUCCAAGCCCCUACAUCGUGAAUCGAUCGCUGUCAUACAUCCGCAUUUCUCACAACUCAUUGCGACCUGGUCCCCACUCGAUGGUGCCCUUGAAGAGGUGGCGACGUCUUUCUCGGAACUUGCCAACGUCAUACAGCCGCGCAGUCGAAGGGCUGCUUCUCAAGCAUACACUCAUCCGUCGCACGCGCUGGUCACUCACACUGCUAUCGAAGAAGAAGACCCCGUCAAGCGCGGAACAACAUCAGCCUACGAAACCAUGAUGCUGAAGCUCUGGUUGCCCCAGGUGAGCUCAGCAGUGACACAGUGGGACGUGAAGACUCCCCACCCUAUGGUCCAUCUCAUGGAGGUUUGGACGCCAGUUCUGCCAAAGUUCAUCACCAAGCGGGUGCUGGAACAAAUCACGCGCAAACUGUCUGCUUCUAUCCACGAAUGGAAUCCCCGCAAAUCAAAGAAGAGCCCGCAUACCUGGCUUGUUGAGUGGCUGCCGUAUCUCAAGCCAGCCGAUCUGGAUCCCAAGGGCUCGGGCUUGGUGGCCGAAGUCAAGCGCAAGAUUCGACACGCACUGCAGUCUAUUGACCUAUCUCGAGGGCCAUUGCCAGGCAUGGAGCAGUGGAGAAAGGUCUUUGGGAAAGGAGAGAUUGACCGUCUCCUCACCAGCCACCUAGUCCCGCGAUUUGCGACCCAUCUGCGUGACAACUUCGAGAUCAACCCGGCAGAGCAAGAUCUCGCGCCGCUCCAGGCUGUGUUUGCCUGGAAGGGCCUCGUCUCAGAUCAGACGAUUGGCGAACUCCUCAAGGCGCAGUUCUUCCCCAAGUUCCUCGACAUCAUCCACCAAUGGCUGUCCAGCGAAGGCGUCAUCUUCAAGGAGGUGGAGGAUUGGAUAAAGUGGUGGCUCGGCAACCUCGGGGACGACAUCAACGCGCUACCCUCAGUUUCAUCCUGCUGGGGCGAGGCAUACACGCUCAUCAACCAAGCUCUAGACCUCGGAGACGCACGUCUCACAGAUCUACCCGCGCCGCGCAUAGAAAGCACACGCGCCUCUCCAGAGACGCCGCAGCUAUCGAAAUCCAUCAACAAAGAGCCACCACGCCCCGCCCCACACGUGGAAGAAGCAACAUUCAGAGACGUAGUAGAAGAAUUCUGCGGCGAGGAAAACCUCCUCAUGAUCCCUCUCCGCGAGGCUCACGACAUCACCGGACUGCCUCUCUUCCGCAUCACUGCCAGCGCGACCGGACGAGGUGGUGCCGUGGCUUACUUCAAAGGCGACGUCCUGUGGGUGCAGAACAAGAAGGAAAAGAGUCUGUGGGAGCCUACGGGGCUGGACGGCGGGCUGACCGCAAAGGCGGAGGGUAAGUAAGCCGUGCGAGGAGCCUACCAAUGUACGAUACGACGUGUGAUGGUGUGAAGUAUUGGGCGCGUGCACCAUGGACGGCAGAGUAAGCUCCCACAGCCUUUCCUCGGGCAGAUAUGUGUGCUAGCAUUCGCUAAUCCAGCACCACGCAUGGCCCGCCCGAAUUGCUGCCCAGAUCCUGUGUGCUGUAGGUAGUUCGCCCACGCCGCCGGCAGUUUAUCCAAGACUGGUCCUGCUAGACGAACGCGCGUUGUGGUGUGUGUGUGAUAUGAUAUGGACGUACGUAGACGCUGGUGGGAAAGCCCCAAUCUGACUCCCUCCCUCACUCAAAUCAAGUACUCAAUCAAUCAAUCCGUCCAUCAC